AUGAGUAGCCCAUACCUAGUCAUUUAUCCCGAGAAUUUUCUCUGUCCUAUAACUCACAGUGUUAUGUGCGAUCCAGUUAUGGACCUCGAUGGAAAUAAUUAUGAGCGUUGUGCAAUCAAUGACUGGUUAUCAAUAAAUCCAACAUCACCAGUUACCCAAAAUCCGUUAAGCAUAGGUGAUCUAACGCCGAAUGAAACUUUACGUGAGGCGAUUGAACAAUUUAGAAACAGCAGCAACAUCCAAAAGAUUAAUGUUAAAGCAGAGCAGAUGAAUGUUGGUGAAGGAAGAUUGGCUUCGGAUGUCGAUUUGAGAGUUGAUGUUACGUAUUCAAACAAUUACGCUCAUAUAUCUGUUCAACCACCAACUGGAAUUGAACGGACACCGUGUGACAUCUGUUGUGUGGUCGAUACAUCCGGUUCAAUGCAAGAUGAGGUUGAAAUGAAAAAUAAGCAAAAUGCUGUGGAAAAGUAUGGUCUAUCCCAACUUGAUAUCGUUAAACAUGCACUGAAAACAAUUAUUCAUAGUCUGCGUGAGGCCGAUCGCUUAUCAGUUGUAUCGUUUAGUGAACGUGCAGCCACUGUAUUUCAAUUAUUGAAAAUGGAUAAUGAGGGUAAAACAACUGCUUUGACCACAAUUGAAAACUUAACGCCAAAUGGUUCGACAAAUCUCUGGGAUGGGCUUAAAACUGGUCUCCAAAUUCUUUCGGAAGGAUCAUCAGACAAAAGCAAUUCUGCUCUGUUUCUGUUAACGGAUGGAGCUCCUACCGUUAUACCACCAAUAGGUCAUAUACCAGCGUUAAAAUUAUAUAAAGAGCAAACUGGAUUUUCAUGUGUCAUCAAUACAUUUGGCUUUGGUUAUAAGCUUGACAGUAAAUUACUUGAAGAAAUAGCCGUGAUAGGAAAUGGUAAACAGUAG